GGUGCUUGUCCGUAACCUGGCUGAUAGGGCUGCCCAUAACCUGGCUGGGGCUGCCCAUACCCAGCUUGAUACUGCCCGUAACCUGGCUGAGGCUGGCCAUAUUGAGGCUGAGGCUGAGACUGAGGCUGGCCAUACCCAGCUUGAUACUGCCCGUAACCUGGCUGAGGCUGGCCAUAUUGAGGCUGAGGCUGAGACUGAGGCUGGCCAUACCCAGCUUGAUACUGCCGUAACCUGGCUGAGGCUGGCCAUAUUGUGGCUGAGGCUGGCCAUAUUGUGGCUGAGGCUGGCCAUAUUGUGGCUGAGACUGGCCAUAUUGUGGCUGAGACUGGCCAUAUCCAGCUUUAUACUGAUCGUAUGGGUAACCGUAACCCUUUCCUUCCGACGACAUCCCUUUUUCCACUUCUUACAAUGCAGAAAAAACUUCAAAGACAAAACAUCAAAACCAAAGCAACCACAUCACACAACAACUCACAUGAAGGGCACUCUCGCCUUUCUAGCCUCCUUUGCUGUUUUCCUUUUCUCCACGCCGCACACGUGUAUGCCGCGGAAAAACCAAAGCAUUAGAAAUCAAAACUAA